CCUUCUCCCACCCCCCCUCUCAAAUUAAACACCACCCCUCUCAUCUUUCUCUCUCUAGAAUCACAUAAUCUCUCUCUCUCUCUCUCUGAACCCAUUUUUCUAACCCAUUUCCUCACAAAACCCCAUCCCCAACCUAUACGCACAGACCUGUAUCUAUAGCUUGGUAUACAUACACGUGCAUCUCACCACAGACACAGACGCACGCACUGCGAGUUUGUAGGGGAUUACGACUGGCGAAGCUUCAAUUUCACGGCGGUUUCUCGAGGGUUUUUGAUUCGAAAUAUUUUUGCAGAUGAAAUUCGUUUCUGCUUAUUCCGGCCAUCUGAUGUGAUGACUAUUCUCGUCAUCAUCAGCCCAUGGCUAUCUCCAAGCGUGGUUUCACACUUUCGCGAUGUGUGAUAGGAUUGGUGGUCGUCCUGUUGCUGCCAAUCUUCACAAACCCUAGUUCGAAUCUCGGUUCGUCGGAGCCGCAAUUUGACUUGGAUUUCGACUCCGAUAUUCUCUUGUUCCACCAGGACUACACGCCGCCGGCGCCGCCCCCUCCGCCGCCUCAUCCGCCGUCGCUCUCCUGCGAGUCCGAUCUAGGCGGCGUUGGUUCAUUAGACACCACCUGCCAAAUAGUCUCCAAUGUGAACAUAUCAAAGGAUGUGUACGUAGAGGGCAAGGGUAACUUGGUAAUUUUUCCUAACGUCACUCUGAAUUGCUCGUCGUUUUCUGGAUGCGAGCUUGCAAUAAAUGUCACCGGAAACUUUACUUUGGGCGAGAACUCCUUGAUAUUAUGUGGCACUUUUGAGUUAGCCUCAGAUAAUGCUUAUUUCGGGAAUGGUUCUGCUGUAAAUACUACUGAGUUGGCCGGUUCGCCGCCGACGCAGACUAGUGGGACUCCACAGGGAGUGGAUGGAGCAGGCGGGGGACAUGGGGGCAGGGGUGCAGCGUGUUUAAAGGAUAAAAGUAAGCUCCCUGAAGAUGUGUGGGGAGGAGAUGCCUAUUCGUGGUCGAGUUUGGGGAAGCCAUGGAGUUACGGGAGUAAAGGAGGGACCACAAGUAAGGAAGUUGAUUAUGGAGGUGGAGGAGGAGGGAGGGUAAUGUUCUUGGUUUCGAGGCUUUUGGAGGUGAAUGGCAGCGUUUUAGCUGAUGGAGGCGAUGGAGGUGCCAAAGGUGGAGGAGGGUCUGGAGGGAGCAUCUACAUCAAGGCUUAUAAGAUGAUUGGAAUUGGCAGAAUUAGUGCUUCUGGGGGUAAUGGUUUUGCUGGAGGCGGUGGUGGUAGAAUUUCAGUUGAUAUAUUCAGCAGGCACGACGAACCAGUCAUUGCUGUACAUGGUGGAAGUAGUCUUGGUUGCCCAGAAAAUGCUGGUGCAGCGGGUACAUUUUAUGAUGCUGUUCCUCGCAGCCUUACUGUCAGCAAUCAUUACAAAUCCACAUAUACGGACACACUCCUGAUGGACUUCCCUCAACCUUUUUUAACGAAUGUCUACAUCCGGAAUCAGGCCAAGGCUGCAGUCCCCUUGUUGUGGAGCCGCGUCCAGGUUCAAGGACAAAUCAGCCUGUUGUGUGGAGGUGUCUUGAGCUUUGGGCUUGCACAUUAUUCCAUGUCCGAGUUUGAACUAUUGGCAGAAGAGCUCUUAAUGAGUGAUUCUGUAAUUAGAGUGUUUGGGGCUCUUCGCAUGUCUGUUAAAAUGUUCUUAAUGUGGAACUCGUCAAUGUUAAUUGAUGGUGGUGGAGAUGAAAAUGUUGAGACAUCAUCACUUGAGGCUAGUAAUCUCAUAGUCCUCAGGGAAUCUUCCCUUAUUCAUUCAAAUGCCAACCUGGGAGUCCAUGGGCAAGGUUUACUAAAUUUGUCUGGACCAGGAGACUGCAUAGAAGCUCAACGUCUAGUUUUGUCAUUGUUCUAUAGCAUCAAUAUUGGACCUGGAUCUGCUCUUCGUGGUCCCUUAAAAAAUUCCUCAGACGAUGCUGUGAUACCGAAACUUUAUUGUGAUUCAGAAGAUUGUCCUGCUGAACUGCUUAGUCCACCUGAAGAUUGUAAUGUGAAUUCUUCUCUGUCCUUUACCCUACAGGUCUGUCGAGUUGAGGAUAUCCUGGUCGAAGGUUCUGUUGAAGGAUCUGUUGUUCAUUUCCAUAGAGCCAGAACCAUUACUGUCCAGUCUUCUGGAAUUAUAAGCACAUCGGGAAUGGGCUGCCAUGGUGGUGUUGGUCAAGGAGUAGUAUUGAGUAAUGGUCUUGGUAGUGGUGGCGGACAUGGUGGCAGGGGUGGAAUGGGCUGUUAUAAUGGAAGCUGCAUUGAGGGCGGAAUAUCGUACGGAGAUGCUAAUUUACCUUGUGAACUGGGUAGUGGAAGCGGAAAUGAUAGCUUGGCCAUGUCAACUGCUGGUGGUGGUAUCUUGGUGAUGGGAUCUUUCGAGCAUCCCUUGAUGAAUUUAUAUGUUGAAGGUUCUGUUAGAGCAGAUGGAGACAGCUAUAGAGGGAGCCUCCAAAAGAAGAAUGCCUCCAUUGAUAAUGUGGAUAUUGGUCUUGGGGGUGGAUCUGGUGGUACAAUCUUGUUAUUUUUGCGCUCUAUGGUUCUCAGUGGAUCUGGCAAUUUAUCUAGUAUUGGAGGUCACGGUAGCCUGAGCGGUGGUGGUGGCGGAGGUGGCGGAAGGAUUCAUUUUCACUGGUCGGACAUUCCCACUGGCGAUGUAUAUUGGCCCCUAGCUACAGUCAAUGGAACAAUUUAUACAGGGGGUGGAUUAGGUGGCAACCAAAGUCAAAUGGGCGAAAAUGGAACAGUCAGUGGAAAAGCUUGCCCAAAGGGGCUUUAUGGAAUUUUCUGUGAGGAAUGUCCAGCUGGUACUUAUAAAAAUGUCACAGGAUCUGAUGGAUCCCUCUGUUUUUCAUGCCCAAAUCAUGAGCUUCCCAAUCGUGCAGUUUAUGUUAAUGUCCGAGGUGGUAUUACUGAAACACCAUGUCCUUACAAAUGUAUUUCUGAUAGAUAUCACAUGCCACACUGUUAUACUGCUCUUGAAGAGUUGAUAUAUACAUUUGGAGGACCCUGGUUGUUUGGGCUCCUGCUUUUGGGUCUUCUCGUAUUACUAGCCUUGGUGCUAAGUGUUGCACGAAUGAAGUUCAUUGGGGUCGAUGAGUUACCGGGUCCUGCUCCUACGCAACAGGGCUCUCAAAUAGAUCAUUCAUUCCCUUUCCUGGAGUCUCUUAAUGAGGUUUUGGAAACUAAUAGAGUGGAGGAGUCUCAGAGCCACGUGCACAGGAUGUACUUUAUGGGUCCAAAUACAUUUAGUGAACCUUGGCAUCUUCCUCAUACCCCUCCUGAGCAAAUAAAAGAAAUAGUUUAUGAAGGUGCAUUUAAUACAUUUGUGGAUGAGGUCAAUGCUCUUGCUGCAUAUCAGUGGUGGGAAGGCUCAGUGCACAGUAUGCUUUGCGUUCUUGCUUAUCCUUUUGCAUGGUCGUGGCAACAAUGGAGGAGGAGAAUGAAGUUGCAGAAAAUACGUGAAUUCGUUCGAUCUGAAUAUGACCAUUCUUGUUUACGUUCUUGUCGUUCACGUGCUCUUUACGAAGGGCUUAAGGUUGCUGCAACACCAGAUAUAAUGCUAGCGUAUGUUGACUUUUUUCUCGGUGGUGAUGAAAAGAGACAUGAUCUUCCUCCUCCUCUCGAUCAAAGAUUUCCAAUGUCUCUAUUAUUUGGGGGUGAUGGAAGUUAUAUGACUCCUUUUUCACUUCAUAAUGACAAUAUUAUCACCAGUCUCAUGAGUCAGUCUAUCCCACCUACCACAUGGUAUCGCUUUGUGGCGGGUUUGAAUGCACAGUUGCGCUUGGUAAAAAGGGGUUGCCUUAGGGCAAAGUUUCGCCCAGUGCUUCGAUGGCUUGAAACUUUCGCAAAUCCUGCAUUAAGGGUCUACGGUGUGCAUGUUGACCUGGCUUGGUUCCAAGCUACAACUAAUGGCUAUUGUCAUUAUGGACUUCUGAUAUAUGCUGUUGAAGAAGUGGACAAUAUGUCAUUAGGAUGUCAUGAUGGAGAAUCUGAAGAUGAACAGCAUUCAAGUGCCGACGGUAACUAUCUGAAAGAUGAGACCACAAAUAAGACUUACUUGGGCAGGUCUCAGACAAGUGCUGAAGGUAACCUGAGAAGGAAGGUUUAUGGUGGGAUUCUAGAUGUUAGCAGUUUGAAGGUGCUUGAGGAGAAAAGAGAUAUAUUUUUUGUCCUCUCUUUUCUAAUCCACAACAGUAAACCUGUUGGCCACCAGGAUCUUGUGGGUUUGGUAAUAUCAAUCCUGCUACUCGGAGAUUUUAGUCUAGUAUUGCUCACAUUACUACAGUUGUAUUCAUUUUCCCUGGCGGAUGUCUUUCUUGUUCUGUUUGUUACACCCCUUGGCAUAUUACUACCCUUUCCUGCUGGAAUCAAUGCUCUAUUUAGUCAUGGACCAAGGAGACCAGCAGGUCUUGCACGCGUGUAUGCUUUGUGGAAUGUCACUUCCUUGAUAAACAUUGUUGUCGCAUUCGUUUGUGGUUAUGUUCACUAUCGCACGCAAUCUAGUAGGAAACUUCCAUUUCAGCCAUGGAAUAUGGAUGAAAGUGAAUGGUGGAUUUUCCCUUUUGCACUUGUUUUGUGUAAAUGUAUCCAAUCGAAGCUCGUAAAUUGGCAUGUUGCAAACUUGGAAAUCCAGGACCGUUCAUUGUAUAGCAAUGACUUUGACUCGUUCUGGCAGUCAUAGGAUAUAAGGAGAUUAUUCCACACGAACACCCAUCAAUUUUUUCUAUGGGUUUUAUUUUGAUGUUUCAUUUAUGCUAAUCGUUUAGAGAAUAGUGGUUGACACAGGAGUAGAAACAAAGUUGAAUGCAAAGAAGGCGGAAGAAUGAGAGAGAGCAGAGCUGAGCUGAGGCCUUUAUUUUGUAGCCUUGUUUUGUGCAGUUGUGUUCAUUCCUUUUGUCAUGUAAAUAUUAAAUGGGAUAUUCCCACCGUAUCUUAACUAUGCACUAGUUUGACGAGGUGACUAGGAUUGUA